GUGCAAAACGGCAACGACUUGAAACAGCUCGGUGGGGUAUAAAGGCUAUCAUAGCGAGGUUAUUGGCGUGCGGGGUGCACACGGCUGCACGGUAUUUAAAGGGCCCGCAGUCGUCUCGGCCGAUUGGCUGGCCGGCUGGGGCGGCUCGGAAUAGAAUGCCAACCGAAAUCGCUGCUGCGCUGCUCGUCCUUGAGACAUGACUGCCGCAAGCUUUGACGUCUUCCAAAGACAUCAGCGCGUCGUCGACCCGACACCAUGUUGGCCCUCUUCGCCAGGACCGCGCUGCGGCCCGGCGCGGUGAAGCCCCGCCGCCUGCCGCGGCCCGUCGCGAGCGCCCAGGAGAGGCCUCUGGUUCGCCAGGAGGGUUUGCCCGAGCUGCCCGUGCCGCCCUUGAAGCAGACGUGCGAGAACUACCUGGCCGCGCUGGAGCCCAUCGUCAGCGGAGAGGAGCUGGGGCACACUCGGAAGCUGGUGGAGGAGUUCCUCCGAGGUGGCGUCGGGGACCGCCUGCAGAAAGGCCUCGAGCGGCGGGCCCGAAAGACCGACAACUGGCUAUCCGAAUGGUGGAUGCAGUCCGCCUAUUUGGACUGUCGGAUGCCGGUGGCCGUCUACACCAGCCCCGGUGUGGUUCUGCCACGCAUGCGCUUCCAGGAUCGCCAAGGACAGAUGAGGUUCGCAGCUAAAUUGAUCGCAGGAGUGCUGGAGUUUAAAAAACUGAUUGACAGUGACACCCUCCCAACGGAGUACCUGAGCAAGAAGCCGCUUUGUAUGGACCAGUACAACCAGAUCCUGUCAUCUUGCCGUAUCCCGGGAACAAAGAGAGACACUGUUCUGAACCAAGCAAUUGGCAAAACGCCUCCCACUCACAUUACUGUCGUUCAUAACUUCCAGUUCUUCGUUUUGGAUGUAUACAACAGUGACGGCACCCCGCUGACGGUAGACCAGAUUUACAUGCAACUGGAAAAGAUUUGGAACACCUCUUUGCAGACCAACAAGGAGCCUGUUGGUAUCCUAACGUCACAGCAUCGUAACACGUGGGGAAAAGCGUAUAAUAAUCUCAUUAAGGAUAAGACAAAUAAAGAGUCAGUUCGCGCCAUCCAAAAAAGCAUCUUCGCUGUCUGUCUGGACGCUCCGAUGCCUCGCGUGUCCGACGAGCUGUACAAGAGCCGCGUCGCCGCACAGAUGCUGCAUGGCGGCGGGGCUCGCUGGAACAGCGGCAACCGCUGGUUUGACAAGACCUUGCAGUUUAUUGUUGGGGAAGACGGUACCUGUGGACUGGUGUAUGAACAUGCACCUUCAGAGGGUCCUCCCAUAGUGUUUCUCAUUGAUUAUGUUGUUAAGUACAUGCAGAAGACAGAAAUAGUCCGUUCCCCCAUGGUUCCUCUAAGCAUGCCUCAGAAACUGCGUUUUAACAUUACCCCUGAAGUCAAGAGAGACAUUGAAAAAGCCAAACAAAAUAUGAACAUAAUGGUGCAUGACCUGGAUGUGAAUGUCCUCAUGUUUCCUGAUUAUGGAAAAAAUGUGCCAAAGCAACACAACCUGAGUCCAGAUGCCUUCAUUCAAAUGGCUUUCCAGCUUGCCUAUUUCAGGAUGUAUGGCGUAUGUUGCGCCACGUAUGAGAGCGCAUCGUUACGAAUGUUCAAAUAUGGACGAACAGACGUACUACGCGUAACCACCAAAGAGUCGUUGAAAUUUGUCCAAGCAAUGCAGGACCCGACAAAGCAGAACACAGAGAGAUUGGCACUGCUCCAGAAAGCUGCUCAGAGACACAAGGAGAAUGCCUACAAUGCCAUUCAUGGACAAGCCAUUGACAGACAUCUUCUGGGACUGAGGUUGCAGGCUAUUGAAGACCUCACAUCAAUGCCUGAGAUAUUCAUGGACACUUCUUUCGCUGUGGCUCACCAUUACAAUAUCUUAACCAGUCAGGUUGGUUCCAAGACCGACUGCGUGAUGUGCUUCGGUCCGAUGGUGCCAGACGGCUACGGAGUGUGUUACAAUCCCAUGGAUGAGCACGUCAACAUCGCCAUCACAGCCUUCAACAGCUGUGAAGAGACCAACGCGGCCAAGUACGCAAACACUGUAAAUGACGCGCUGCUGGACAUGAGAGCUCUUCUGGAGGACACAGCUCCGGCCGAGCGGUGAAUCCUCGCUGACGAGGAACCGCGAUGCACUGAGAGUCCGCGGAGGAAGCCUAUUGUUUGCCUAAGUUUCUGAGGAGCCUAAGUUGGGACUGUUGAGGCAGGGCCAUUCAAAUGAAACACAAGUCUCACUCAUGGAAAUGAACGGAAUUUUGCAUUUACUUUUUAAAUGAAACAUUUAUAACAUUCUGAGCGGCACGGCGACCGACUGGUUAGCACAUCCGCCUCGCAGUUCUGAGGACCGGGGUUCAAAUCCCGGCCCCGCCCGUGUGCCGUUUGCAUGUUCUCCCCGUGCCUGCGUGGCUUUUCUCCGGGCACUCCGGUUUCCUCCCACAUCCCCAAAAACACGCGUGGUAGGUUGAUCGAAGACUCUAAAUUGUCCGUAGGUGUGAAUGUGAGGUGUGAAUGGUUGUUUGUUCGUAUGUGCCCUGCGAUUGGCUGGCGACCAGUUCAGGGCGUACCCCGCCUCUCGCCCGAUGACAGCUGGGAUCGGCUCCAGCACGCCCGCGACCCUCGUGAGGAGAGGCGGGACGGAAGAUGAAUGAAUGAAAGAAUAACAUUCUGACUGCUUGCUUGCAUUUACUUGUUUCAUGACAACAGUUAAGUCGGCUGUAUCAGAUGCGUCUUAUGUAGGAGAAACAAUUGCGAAAGCUGAAAAAUUAGUUAUACAAAGGAAUAUUCCGCUCGAAAGCUUCCGGCUACGCGCUGGUAAUCUCCAUGGAAUUCAACCUCAGCCAUAUUUCCAGAGGACUGCCACAGAAACAGCUGUGGGCCUUUAAACACGUUGGUCUUCAGCAUAUCCAUGUCCCGGAUCUGAACAACACACACAGGACACGUUGCACGAGAAAAAAAGAAAAGAAAAAGCCACGCAUGCCCAAGUACGACAGUUGUUGUAUUUCCCGUAAUACGAUGGCUCCGGUGCCCACCAUAAUGUAUGAAGACUGCGCGUUUGUGGCGUUGAAGAGCGAGCCGACGUGCACUGCUUGGAUUCUGAUCUUCACCGAGGGCGGAGCGUUGAUUAGCACCCGACAAGUGCGGUUCCUGUCCCAUGUUGGAUUCUCAAAGACCCCGCUGGGGGAAAACAACUGCUUGUCACAAUCUUUGGACAAAAGCAAAAAUGGUGUUUCGUCAGUGGAGAACACAUCAUCUGCUUAGCGAUGUUAAACGUGAUACCGGUAACUUAGUAAGUUGUGUUGUGUGCCGUUAAAUGAAGCUAACCUGUACCCAAUUUACUCACACAACAUGACAUUACAAGAACUGCACCAUUGAUUCCGCCUUUCCUUUUCUUGUUGUUUUGAGAGGAAUCAAUUGAACGAUGUCCAUUAUUGCGGUGGCAAAAUGCCGCGGUAUUCAAAUGUACUGCAUCGCGCUGAAGGCUGCGACGAGAUUUGACUACGUUAGUGCGCAGCUGAUGCGGCUUCAAAAUGUUCAGUAAGAGUACUGUAAUUCACAAGUACUUUGUGGUAAGUCUUUUUCAUACCAUCGCUCUCCAAAAAUGGGCAUGAUUUUCAUUUAUUAAUAGUAAAAGUGAAUUUGGGCAGAAAUAGCAAAUAAGAUUUCAAAAAUCUACAUAAUGCCGUUUCUUUUUUUUUUUGGUGUGGAAUUGAUAACAUUUUUCUAGCAAGGGCGUAAUAUAAUUCCAAAGUGGGCCCAUUCAGUCAGCAUGUUGGUGAGUUUUCGACCUUUUCUUGUCCUUCAUGAUGCAACAAGCAUUUUUCGAAAUCACGCAUUUGUUGUCAUUGUGGCCGUUUUUCUGCCGAAUCGGCCUCGCAUACGCCGCCCGCACUUGACAUACUCGGACGGCGGCUCCUUUUCAUGUUUCUCUGUGAGCUGUAGCUGAAGACAAUGCCAUUCCCAGAAGUGAGCAGAUUCUGAUGCACAAGAAGGACGUUGGUUCUGGUGGUCAGCGUGCUUCCCGCUAUCUGCUCACACUUCCUCACAAGCGCCAGCCGGUCAAAAAAGACCGCAUAUUCUCCUACGGGAACACAUUCAACAAGUUAGUUUGGCCUUCAGCUUCUUUCUCGAUAAAGCAUGUUUGCGUGCUGGAUUUACGCUCACUCUUCCGGCAGUUUAGGGAGCUCGACUGUAUUUGGACGCGGAUGACCUCACCCAGGGGUCGGCCGAAGGCCACCGUGCAGGGACCGGUGGCGUUGCUCAAGUCAACUGUGCCGGAUUCUUGCAGGAGCAGCUGUCCACACGCAUCUGGCGAGGCGCAAACACUCUUGGGAAACUGCUUUGAUUUGCCGCUAAUGAAGGUGAGCGGAGAGAGCGAUCGAGCUUCAUUAUUACUGGCUUGAGGUGAAGGUCUGGCCGUUGUGUUGGACUGCAGGCAGGGGACUGAUGGACCUCCAAGACAGUUGCGCACGCGGAACCGUUUAGUAAAUGUAUUGCGAGACGGGUGAAAAUCCUUCUCCAAUGUGGGACGCGUAGCCGGGAUGACGGGGGACGUAGGUGGCGCGUCCGCGCAGCUGCCCGCGCUGCAGCCCUGGAUGGUGAUGGGCUUGGGCAUGUGCAUGCACAUCAGAGGGCUGAGGGGCUCCGGCUCGGACGGGCCCACGCAUGACACGGUUCUGGACUGAAUGCCGUAUCCGCACGACACUGAACACUGCGCGCGCCAAGAAAACACACUCAAGAUUCACAGACAUGCUAAGCACAAUGUCAGUAAAUAACCAAAUUGUUCGCUUUUUAACGUUGUAAUGUUUAUCGGUGGUUCUCAAGGAUUGGCAUGAGGUACGCGGGCUCCUUCUAGUGGUUUGUGAAAG